CUCUCACACGUCACACGUUUGUGUAUCUCCUAACCCCUGUAUUGUGGUUAUGUUGACACAUUGCACUUUGCCAUCUGUACUGGUUAAGGUGUGCUUAACAGAACCUCCUGCUAUCACUUUACUUUUUAAAUAAAUAAAAAAGUAAUUAGUAUUUAUAUUAAUUUUAAAAAACUGAGAAGCGUGUUUAUAAAAAUAAAUAUUGCAGUGCUGCUUUAAGUAUAUUCAUCCUGUCCUCCUGAGUGGUACAUAUGUGUGUCAUUUGGUGAGCAGGUGGCUAACACUCUCUUUUACUGGUUUUGGUGAAGCUGUGAAGAUGCCUGCAGUUCUCUCACUAUUCUGGAUGCUCUGUCUGAUGCUGAGAGUGGGUCCCUCUCUCUCAUCCUGCACUCCCAGUGUGAGCAUUGUGGAUUUACACUGUAACCUACACUGGAACUGUUCUGAUAUCAACCCAAGCACAACCUUUAUCGUCCAGACCAAGUCCCCCCCGUGGGAAGAGUGGCAGAAUGUUUCUGAGUGUGUUCACAUCUCCUCCAGCAGCUGUGAUUUAUCUCAGGCCUUCCAAGACAUUUAUGGCUAUAACCUUGUCAGACUGUUAUUAAACCAUGAACAUGGAGCAAUUGACUGGCUAGGGGACUGCAAAUUCCUCUCAAACCCUGAUGUGAGGUUCAGCGCUCCCUCUGUCUCAGUUUCUUUGGUCGGGCCCAAGCUGUUGGUGGAUGUGGCGUUACCCUGUGCUCCUUCUGUGCUCUGUCUAAACAUGGGGGAGCCAAGCUGCUGUCCGGUCAACACAUUUCUUACACUGGACACCACUGUGACUGUUUAUAACAAACACAAUACGGCUGAAACACAGAAUAAAAUGUUUAAGAGUGAUCUGUCGAGAGUGGAGUUCGGUAUGUUGACGGCGGGUGAGGAAUACUGCGCUAAGGCCCAGAUCACCUCCUCCCCUUUCUCUGAGCCGCAGUGUGUUCACGUCCCAAAAAAGGGAAGUCUGAAUAUAGCAGCGCUGUGUGGAGUGAUCAUUGCUUUUCUCCUCAUUGGCGUGUGUUUGGCAAGAAGGUGUGCUUCAUCUGAAACCAGGCUCCCUAAAUCUCUGAUGUCCCUUCAGAAUGUGGAUCAGGACUCUUCUUCCUUUGUGGCUGAAUCUGGGCAAGCAGCUCUAGAAGAAGAUGAAGAUAAUCAUUUGGUUCUUCUCUCCAUCGUACCCCUGCAUAACAACACAUAUGCUCUGCCUGAGCCUGAGAUCCAGUCAGCCUGUUUGUCCUCACAAACAUAUGAAGAUAGUUAUUAUGCUUCAUCCAUUCUACAGCACCAGGCUUUUGAUGAGCAACAUGAAGGAGAUACAGGAUCUCAAUUGGAAACGGAUGGAGAUCCAUCUACAAAUCUUUGUCUAGGUGAUCUUUAUGCAUCAGAUCCAAUUGUAAGAACAGGUCCUGCAUGUUUACUUGAAGACUGUUUUACUCUGGGGGAUCUCAGUAUUCCUUUAAGCUCUGUGAAAGUAGCUGGGGAUCAGAGAGAAGAGAUGGAGCGAGAACUGCAUGAAGUACUUGAAAAGUGGAACCUGAAUGUGGUUAAAGAGUCUCAGUUAGUCGCUGAUGGAGAUCAUGGAGAAUAAAGGAACAAGCUUUAAUUAAAACUGAACGAAUUUCCUUCACAAUUGUGUAUAUGUUGUCCUUUCUAGAUUGUUCUAUAACACAACCAAUGAGAUAUUAAUCUUAAGUGUUCACACAACGUUUGCUUUUCCUCGUUGGGUUUCUCAUGAAGAUGAUUUGUCCAUUUACUGAAGGCAAUUGGUUCCAGCUUUAGACCGGUAAAUAAGGCUGUUUUUUUUUUCUUUUUUACCUUACCUUUAACCUUACUUUCUUCACAAAUUGAAAAGUCAGUUACACAAUACCCAUUCAUAUAAACUCAUCUUAUCCCUGGUAAUGCCCCAAACACUAGGAGGAUACCCCAAAACAGCCAACACCUCUUUGCAAAAUGCAACUGAUUUAGCAUCAAUGUGUAGUAGCUAUUACAAUUGGAGAAUAGCACAGUGACCCAGCACUGAUACCUCAACCAACAGAUGCCUGUGCUGACCAGUAUUUUAAUCUGAGAAAAAUUACCCAAACAGCAUGGCUAGUAGCAUGAUCGUGACCACUCCGUGUCCUGGAGAGCGAUUCUCCUAGAGAUUUUUCCUUCAAACCUCCACUUAAUACAUAUUAACACGCUUACCUCAGGGUAAAGGCAUUGGCAUACUUCAUGAGGAGACGACGUUCACAUGGCUUUAACGAACAAUAUGACGUAAUUACUGAGAAAGCUAACAGCCGCAGACGGCGCACAGGGGCUUCGUUCGACAUGUCGAGCACAUGGAAGCUGUGGGAACUCCACGGCAGAGGACACUGCCUGACAACGUCUGUGAUUGGUCGCUAAAAAAGAGAGCAUACGAGACAGGCAAUGCGAAGCCGCAGAAAGUAUGCCAGCUCGAUAGCUUGCAAAAGCCCGCUCGAUUUCAUACAAUGCUCCCGAACUUUGUUUCGUUGGAAGUAUGCGGAGGCCUUAAGUGGUCUAAUGUGGUCAUUGCUGGUAUUUUACUUAAAAGGGACAUACUAUACUUCUUUUUACACAAGUUAGAUUAAACAUAUGGGCUAUGCAAAACAUGUUUGUGACGUUCUUUGCACAAAAUCGCUUUAUUCCUGCCAGUUUCAGUCACUUUCAGAAUGAGCUGUUUCAGAGCUCUGUCACUUUUAUGCAAAUAAGCUGUUGCUGGCCACACCCAAUGUUUAUGCUGAGUGUUUACCACCUUUGUGUUUUGCCAUUAAGCACAAGCUAACACCAACAAGCUAGUUCAUGCUUAACUGUGAUAGAAACACAAAACACAAUAUUUGAAAACAACAUUAUUUGAAAUUACUUGCAUCUCCCUCAUCUGCUGACCUGCCACGGACAGUAGGUACAGAUCCCUCCUUCAGACGAGGAAUUGUGUACGACGGAGCACAGGUUGUCCUUUCUUAGACCACUUUUGGUAAGUAACCGCUACUGCAACAUAUCACAAGAUAUGCCUGAUGUUUUAGAGAUGUUCUGAUACAGUUACUUGCUCUGGUGACAGUCAAACUGCUUAAAAAAAAAAAGCCAUAUGCCCGUUUAUUCUGAUUUCCUGACAGCUUUGAGAACCGACUGUUUACUUAAUGCUUGCCUAAAAUUUAGAUCCAAUUGACUGACAUAUGUCACUGUAAAUGGUGAAGUAAGAAAAAAAUUCCGCUUCCUCUGUCAGUGGUGCUAAUGUUAUGGCUCAUUGUUUUUAGGUCACGAUGCUAAGUCUUGUGAUAUGAAUACAGGUGUGUGUAAAAAAAAAAAAAACUGUGCACCACUAUUGCCACAACUGUUUAACCAGUCAGCCUUAUGCUGAACAUAUUUCUUAAAAUAUACAUAGAAAUGUAUUGUCUUGUUUCUUACAUAUCAAAACUUUUUUUUACAAAAUAACUGACUAUGAUUUAGCAUUCCAUCAUGUAUUAUUGUGUUGUUUGUUACGCAUUUGUAAAAAAACAUUUGAUUGAUGUAGCUUUCCCUCGUGUACUUUGUUGAGUGUAUGUCAUCAGGUCAUGACCUAGAACAUAUGGAAUAAUUUUGUUCACCAUGUGCCAUAAUGCAUGUCACCUCAGUAUGUUUUAUGUAUGAAUAAAUCAAAUAAAUGGUGGGAUGGAAAGGCCCUUGAUAUGUUGGACACUGUUAAUAGCCUCCAGAUUGGCUGUUGGUUUUGGGAUACCCCCAUACAGUGGUGUGACUCAUUUCUGUAGGCUGCUAUAAAUCCUCUACUGUUGGGUUUUCAACCCCCCUGGUGGACUCGAACACACUCUUGGGCCAAACAUAAGGGGGCACACACUUUCCUGCCCUACUAUAGCUUGCCUUUUCUUUCCAUCUGACUCAACACUGCCCAUCAGGGCUUAGCUUGGGUUUGUGUGACCCAGGCAGCACAAUUC